AUGCAAAAUUUCAUCAAAUCCAUAAUAAAGUCGAAGAUGAAGAAGUUCCCAAAGAACGAUCACUUUAAGUUGCCAUUUCGCAUGUGCACACUCUACAAUCAUCUUCAAGACACUAUUGACAACGUCCGGGUGAUCGAGAAAGGAAUGGUACCAGCAAUGAGUAAAUACGAUUCUGAGACUAGCAAGUUGAUAAUCUUUGAUGACUUAGGCAUGGAGCCAAAAAGAACUCAAGCUCAGAUCUCACUGUACUUCAUCCGAGGACGGAAGCAAGGCUGGUCAAUGAUUUACAUUUCACAGAGUUACUUCCGAAUUCCGAAAACGAUUCGAAUUAAUAGUCAAUAUGUGAUUCUUGAUCGAAAUCUUACUCAACGAGACCUUGGUAUUAUCUGUCGUGACUUCCCCGCUGACAUCCCAAUUAAAACACUCAUCGAUCUAUACAAACGAACAAUAUCCGAAAAAAUGACUACCAUGCUAAUGGAUAUCACUGAUAGAAAAAUAUAUCGCAAUGUUAUUGAGUUCAUAUGCGACUGA